AUGUACGAGAAACAGCUUGGGCAGCGCGCAAUCCGACCGGUGCGAGCUCAAGCGUCUGAUCCGCUCGACCUCCACCACCAUACUAGCCAGGCGAAACGAUUCAAGUUUGUUGUACAUGCAGAGUAUCGGUUGAACAAAGCUGAUCCAGCAUAUAAGGACUCUAUUCCGAAGCUUCAGGAUGACAUACUGGGCCGAAUCAUUGGGCGCGACUUCGAUGGCGACGACCACAACGACUUCACUGAUGAGCAGAGAAACUCGGUGAUCAUUCUCAGGAACCAGAUCCAUCGCUCGAAAACGAUCCGAAUCAACUACACGACCUACGAUGUGCGUCGCGACUAUGACACGAUCGACCAUCGCCUGCAACCGUUCGUCAUGGUCCUGUCCCCUGUGAAGGAAACCGAUCCGUACUGGUACGCUCAAGUUCUUGGUGUAUUCCACGCAACAGUCUAUCGAGACGGCGGUGUCAAAAACCCUGAAUGGAGGACGUCCCCGCAACGAAUGGUGUUUCUCUGGGUACGGUGGCUCGGAGCAGAGCCUGGAUAUCGUUUCGGAUUCAAGACUGCUCGAUUACUGAAAGUCAGCACACUUGAUACCGGACUUCGCGGGUGGAAAGACCAAUGCGUUGCUCAGCACUGCAUCUCCGACUGCAGCCCGCCAUCCGCUGGAAACGGCAGAGUCCAGACUGGGAACCCUACCUUGUUGACAUCAGAGAGCGAAGACACGGAGAUGGAUGCAGAUGGCGAGUCGGGUGUGAGAUCCCAGCUCGAUGGCGAAGACGAUGACGAGGUCGAUGAUGAGGUCGAUGAUGACGAUGUGGAGGAGGACGGAGGAGACAAUGGCGAGGAGCAGGGCGGAGACGACAAUGAUCACAAUGGGGAGGUCGAUGAUCACAAUGCCGUUCCAGGGCUAGGAUUUGACAACUUGUAG